GGUGCUUACUACGUAUAAAAACCUCAAAGCUCCUACUUUGUGCCCAGUUUGACUUAUUCUUUAACCUCCCUUGUUUGUUUCUAAUGGUGUCGCGCCAACAAUUCACAGUCGUCAAGUUCGUGGAGCCUUCAUCUACCGCAUAAGCCAUGUCGUCUAAGCUUAAAUCCGAGGCUGCUCGAGAGGCCUCAGUAAUUGGCAUGUUGCGACGGCAAUUCACAAAACCUAAACCAUUACCAGCCAAUACCAAUCUCAAGGGCCAAACCGCUAUUGUCACCGGCAGCAAUGGUGGGCUGGGCCUCGAGGCAUGUCGGCAACUCCUGAAGCUCGGGCUUUCACAUCUAAUCCUGGGCGUACGUUCGCAGGCGAAAGGUGACGCAGUAGCGAGCCAAUUUCGCCAAGAAUUCCCCAAUUCAGAGACGUCUGUCUGGAUCAUCGAUCAUCAGUCUUACGAUUCGGUCCGCAAGUUCGCGGAGCAAUCUGCGACUCUGCCGCGCCUCGAUAUUGUGAUCUUGAAUGCUGCAGUGGUGACCACCACGUACACAACCGUCCCGACCACAGGUCACGAGAGUAUCAUCCAGGUCAACUAUCUAUCGACGGCCCUAUUGGCGAUAUUGCUACUGCCCAUUCUCAAGUCCAAGAAGAUCAACGGUGCUCCCAGACCGCCCGUGCUCAGCAUUGUGGGUUCCGACACGAUGUACCAGCCGGAGUUCUGUCCCAAGUUGAAAGGUCCAGUGCUUCCACAAUACGAUAACGCAGAGAACUUCCGCUUCUUUCCCUGGUAUGGAGGAUCGAAGCUAUUCCUCGCGUUUUUCGUGAGUCGGCUUGUCGAAUACGUCGAUGCAAGUGACGUCAUUAUAAACGUGCCUAAUCCUGGUGCGACCAGAUAUACAGGCCUUGAUCGUAACGCCUCGGCGCUCUUCAGGAUGGCCAUGAAUACGGUUAAAUUCGUCCUGGGGAGGUCUUUGGAAAGUGGUGCUUCCAUAUACCUCGAAGCAACCGUGGCUCAAGGCGAAGAGAGUCACGGCAGCUUCAUCAGUGAAUGGGCAAUCAGACCAUAUCCAGCUGUUUGGUAUACGACCGAAGGCCAAGAGCUCGCAGCGAGAUUGUGGGAGGAAACCAUGGAGGAGUUGAAAUUCGUGGGUGCAUCUAAGAUCGUGGAGGACAUGAAGAGGUCUUGAUUAUCUGGCCUCACACACACACACACACACAGAGAGAGAGAGAGAGCGUGAUCAACUGCCGAAGAAUACUGGUUCCUCCGUGUCGGACGGAAUAUGUUCAACUACUUGAAGUAUUCAUCUCCCAUUGAGCAACAAAAGAUCCCAAACAUACAUAUAGAUACUCGCCCUCCAUGUAGGGUGCCUGAGUUUGGGAAGGUUAGAGAAAGUAGACUGCCAAAGUUUGCCAGACCAAUGGAUCGUUCCGGAAGUGUCUCCCAACAGGUGUUUUCCUUUGUGUCACAGCUUAAUAGGAGCUUCAGCUGUCUUGUCAUAUCUAAUCUGGUUGCUGAAUAUUGAUGCACGACAAUCAAGGCUCCGG